UAUGCGCAGCUUGGAAUGGCCGCAGCCGAGCUCGGCUUGCGCGUGGCCCCGAGUGGCGCAAACGAGGACCUCCUGCGCUGGCCGGAGUCAUGCGGCGUCCGGUGCUGGCCUGCUGCGUGCUGCUGCUGCCGCCGUUGUGCGCCGUCCUCGCCGGCGGCUCCGAAAGAGCGUCGGAGUGCGGCGUGCGGCCCAUGCGGCCCCUGGGCCGCAUUGUGGGCGGCCGUGUCUCCAAACCAGGCGACUACCCGUGGCAGGUGGGCAUCAAGUACCGCAGCGGUUUCCGCACCAUCCACCUCUGCGGAGGGGCACUCGUCGCCGACAGAUGGGUGCUCACGGCGGCGCACUGCUUCCAACACCGAAGAAACAUAUCGAGGUACAUCUUCCGCCUUGGAGACUACAACAAGAGUGUCAUGGAGCCAGAUGAUCACGCACAACAAGUUUGACAUCCAGACAUUCCGAAAUGACAUCGCCUUGGUGCGGUUGGCGGAGCCCGUGGACCUGGAAGGGAGUAACGCCAACCUUCAGACUGUCUGCCUUCCCGACGAGAGCAUGGACUUUUCCAAGGCUCGCUGCAUGGCCACGGGCUGGGGAGAGACACAGUUCAAGGGCCGCCACUCGGACGUGCUGAUGGAAGUGAUGCUACCCGUGUGGCCGCACGACAAGUGCGUGCGAGCCUAUAAGAAUUACAAUAAAAUCACCACGUCCAUGUUCUGUGCCGGGUACGUCGAGGGAAAGAAGUCAUCCUGCAGCAUAUGCAACAUACCCUUAUUCUGCAAAUUGAAACCACAGACAUUCGCUGAAGCAAGUUUCCAUGGGAGUACAGGGUGACUCUGGCGGGCCGCUGCAGUGCACUUUCGACGAGCGCACUUGGUUCUUGGCUGGCGUGGUGUCCCACUCGGUGUACUGCGCGCUCCCCAACAUGCCCACAGUGUUCACUAAAGUGGCGCCUUUCUUGGACUUUAUCCAUCACCAGAUGGGCCAGCACUCAACCUGAUUAAAAAAACUGGAAAAAGA